AUGGCUGAAAUUCGUUCUACCAAAAGAAGCGAAAAUGGGUGCGAUGAAGAAGCUGAAUAUAAUUACGAGGAAGCAGAGGAGAACCUGCGCGCCCUGGCUCCGCACUCGGGCGCCGCGAUGCAGCAGGGCAAGUCGUUCCUCAUCAGGGACCUCCUGGGAGACGUGCUGCGGGAGCCGGCAGAAUUAUCGCCACAAGUACCAACAAAGGAGGCGGCGGCGGCGGCGGGCCGGGGGCGGCUGGAGGGCCUCGCCGGCCAGGAGGAGGACGCCCCCGGAGGCGGCGGCGGCGGCGGCGGCAAGAACCGCAAGCCGCGGCGGCGCCGGACGGCCUUCACGCACGCGCAGCUCGCCUACCUGGAGCGCAAGUUCCGCUGCCAGAAGUACCUGUCCGUGGCGGACCGCAGCGACGUGGCGGACGCGCUCAGCCUGUCCGAGACGCAGGUCAAGACGUGGUACCAGAACCGCAGGACGAAGUGGAAGCGUCAGAACCAACUGAGGCUGGAGCAGCUGCGUCAGCAGGCGUCCGUGGAGAAGGAGCUGAUGACGCACCACCACCACCACCCCUCGCUGCCCAGCAGCCAACCAGAAGCCGCGUGCUGCCCUCCCUACCAAUCGCAGGCCGCCGCCUGCAGCUUCCUCACCACCGCGGCCGCCAUCUUCCGCAACGUGUCGUACGUCCACGGCUGCCAACUGUAG